AUGAGUGUAAUUCAUGAGAGAUUUAGGGGUCGGAUAGGGCACUACUUGUACAGCGGCGAAAAGAAGCACGUUUUCGGCGGCAUCGUCAUCAUCGGAGCUAUCUUCGGCCUCCCUUGGUUCUUCAUGAGUCGAGGAUCAAAGCAUCAAUCUCAUCAAGAUUACAUGGAGAAAGCUGACAAAGCAAGGCGAGAGAGGCUAUCUUCAAGCCAACCAUCUAAGUAGUUUGAGGAAUCAUGGAACCUUUUGAUUCCCUGUUGCCUGUAGCACCCACUUGAGAUUAAAGAUGCAUAGAAAUGUAUAAGCUAGCAAAAUCUUGGUAAUCACUUGAGCGUGAAGAUGCAUAGAAAUGUAUUAGCUAGCAGAUCUUGGUAAUUGACAGUGAUGCUGAUUUUGGGUAAACUAAGCAAAGUUUGUGUUCUUUUUCUUUUUAUUGUUUCGGAUCGGAGUUUUGAUGUGUUUUAAUUGCUGAUGGAGAUGGCAGCGAGUGAUUCCUUGUGAUAUUUGUUUUGGAAUAAGUUGGUGUAGGCUUGCUAUGUCAACUA